AGCUGAAGUGAGUGCACUCACGGCGAGUGUGUGUUUUUAAGAAGUGUUAGACUGGGAAGAUACUUUCUGUGAUGGACGCUUUUGAAGGAAUCCAUUGUGUGCAGCUCUCCCCCUCUCCUCCUGCGCGCUCCAGGUCUGUUCCAGGGUAUGAGGUGCUGGUGGCAAGGAAUUCUGGGAUAGCUGUAUAUUCGUCACCUACAUUUUUUGGCAAAGGUGAUUUUACGGAUCAGCAUACAGCAGAGGAAGAGAGAUGCCCGGUCGGGAGGUUAGUAGACCUGGAGCCGGAUCUGAGGCCUGGACUGGGGGGUGAUGGGGGGCAGCAGGAGAAGAAGAAGCCCCCAGAGGAGGAGGAGGAGGAGGCAGGAGCACACAGACGAGAGACGUACAACAUGUCCCGUCUGAGGAGCUCCUCUCUGGAGAUCAAGGAGAAGGGAACAGAAUUCCUCCGAGAGCAGCUGGAUGCUGCACAGAAGGAGCUGAAGUUGAAAGACGAGGAGUGUGUCAGACUGUCCCACGUCAGGAAUCAGCUGGAGCAGGAAUUGGAGGAAUUGACUGCCAGUCUUUUUGAGGAGGCCCAUAAGAUGGUGCGAGAGGCCAACGUGAAACAAGCAGCAGCUGAGAAGCAGCUGAAGGAAGCCCAGGGCAAGAUUGACGUCCUGCAGGCGGAGGUCUCUGCUCUGAAAACCCUGGUGCUGACCUCUACGCCCUCCUCCCCGAACCGCCAGCUCCAUCCUCAGCUGCUGUCUCCAGGCUCCAGUCGGGCCUCGUCCCGUCCCGGGGGCCACACGCGCAACAAGAGCGCCAGCGGUGCCCUACAGCUGCCAACAGAGCCCACGCCGAAGGAUGUAGCGUUAACCCGGGAGGACAAAGAGUUGGACUCUGUGUUAUUCGCAGAGUUCCUCUCGUGGAAGGAGGCACCCAGUCUGGAUCGCUCCUCAGUGUUCAUCAGCAGGGUGUACAGAGAAGAUAUCGGGCCAUGUCUCUCAUUCACCUGCUCUGAGUUGUCUCAGUCGGUCCAGUGCGCAGUGGAGAAUAACUCUCUCACCAUCGAGCCCAUCGCCAUGUCAUCUCUGCACACGGUCAAAGCCCUCGAAAGGGGAGGACCCAACGGUUGCCGGACACCCAUAGAAACUAAAUGUGCGCUGAGCGGGAUGUCCCGCCCCUGCCGACAUCGCAUCAAACUGGGAGAUAAAGAGAAUUACUACUUUAUAUCUCCGUCUAGCAGAGCACGAAUCACCGCCGUGUGUAAUUUCUUCACUUACAUCAGGUACAUCCAGCAGGGCCUCGUCAGACAGGACGUCCAGCAGAUGUUUUGGGAAGUGAUGCGUCUGCGGAGAGAGAUGAGUGUGGCCAAACUGGGAUACUUUCUGACAGAGGAGAGCUAGAGAGCCAGCACACAAACACUGCACACAGCACACUCAUCUCAACUUUCACUCAAACACUCCCAUGCUGCUGUUUUCCAGCUCCGUAUUCCUGCAUGUAUUCAGGGAAGCACUACAGAUGAAUUCCCAGAGUCUACAGAUAACACUUUCACUCUCCACAGGUUUGUGAUGUUCUGGCUUUGGGAAAGACUGAAUGCAGUAAAAGUGUCACAUUGUUAACACUGAGGUAAAUGUUUACAGUCAUCCUCAACAACAGGACGUUUUCCCAUUUAUCGGCAAAAAGUUUCCCGACCCAUACUUAAAAAAAAAAAAAAUUCUCUCACACUUCUGACUUUUUUUUUCUCAUCAUUGUGAGUUUACAUCUCACAGUUCAGAAUUCUGAAUUUACAUCUCGCGAUUCAGGUUUUUUUUGGGGGGGGGGGGGAUUCCAAUUUACAUCUGACAAUUCUGAUUUUCUCUCAGAAUUCUAUUUUUCUGUUUUCGAAAAAUAGGUAACCGACUCUUUAUCUCGCACUUCUCAUUUUUGUCUUGCAGUUUUCAGGUUUAUAUCCCACAGUUCUGACUGUUUCUGAGUGUUUGUCCCCAGAAAAGAAUU